AUGGCCUUCAGCUUCAACAAUAGCAACAACAGCAACAACAGCAACAACAACAACGGUGGCACUCCUGUCUCAGCCAUGCAAAAUGCUGGUGUUGCGGCUCAGACUGGCGACGAACUGCCUGAAAUACAUACUGAGCAACUCGGCUUCCAACCUGUAAGCGGCGAUUGCAAACUCCAGCUCCUUCCCACACCGUGGCCUGCAGAUACUCUUCCUCAACCCAGCUCGUCUUUGCUCAGCGUGGCCUCAUCCAAGGGCCUGGUAGCUGCUGCAGCACCCAAUGAGCUCGUCAUUGCGAGUACUACCUCGAUACGAGACGCCUGGGCUUCGGGUCCAAAGCCGGAGAACAAUGUGAAGACUUUCAACCCACCGGCCAAGAUCAGCGUUCCCAGACUGACGCAUAUUGCAUUUUCCGCCGAUGAGAACGUUCUAGUGAUUGCUGGUGAAAGUAAUGGUGGACUGGCAGCUUAUCAGGCCGAUGCGCUCACGACGGGUCAACCAAAGCCGGCCCUUGAGAUCUCCACUAAUGAUCAGGCGUUGAGGGCACUUGCGCCAAACCCGAAUGUGCAGUUCGCAGAACUAUUCGCAGCGGUGACGAAGAACGGGCAGUUGUUGAUCGCAGACCUGAAGGCGGGCCAGCUUCGGAGUGGAGCGAGUGGGCCAGUGCUGAAGAGCAACGUGAGUUGUAUUUCUUGGAGUAAUCAGGGCAAACAACUCGUGGCUGGUCUGGGAGAUGGCACUGCCGUUCAGAUGACGCCAGACGGUACGCCCAAGGCAGAGAUACCUCGUCCACCUUCGCUGGAGGGCGUGAAGCACGUGUCGACGCUAUCUUGGUUAUCGAACGACACCUUUCUCAUCAUCUACAGUUCCAGCUCCAGCUCCGACAGUGAGGAAGUGCCUGAACCUUCUGAUUACUUUAUCGUGUCUCGUCAACCUAAGACACAGAAUUAUACCUUCGAAGCUCUGCCGGAGGUCUGUCCUGCAUUCGGGCUCAAUCGAUCCCCUGCUUGCCAAUUUGUCGCUCGACUUCGAAAAUUCGAACCUCACAUAGAAGACAUGCUUGUUCUUGCCUCUACCACUUCCAUCGAACUUGGCCUUGUCACCAAAGCCAAUGCACCACUUUCUAGUGAACAGCAGGUAACAGACGUCUACACCCUUACCAUGCCUGCAGAUGACUCGAGACGAGCUCAGUUACCUCUUUCGUUGGAAGACCAGGACACAUCACCUAUCGGGCUUGCGCUUGAUCUCUCAGCCAAAGAAGGCAUCGUGAGCCCAAUCCCUUCUGACCCUGAGAUAGAACAGUCUCCAGGUCCACUUCCAAACAUUCUCACAUUGAAUCAUGUAGGUGUACUUUCUUCAUGGUGGAUUGUCUAUGCAGACUCCAUCCGCGAAAAGAAGACAUACUCAGGCCUUGUUGUUAGUGGAGGCGCAGAGCAGGCGCAAAAACAGACCACGCCUCUACCAGCACAAACCGUCUCUCCACCGCCGUCCGGUUUUGGUCAGCCCACCUUUGGCCAGUCAGGCUUUGCUUCUCAACCGUCGUUUGCGAGACCGGCAACAUCUACGUUUGGAUCGGCAUCUGAGACUAAGUUCGGCAGUCCAAGCCCGUUGAGUGGCGACAAACCAUCUUGGACCAGCACUGGAUUUGCUGGCAGCUCACCUCAAACUGCUUCGUCUGGGUUCGGACAGCCCGGAUUUGGUACAUCGACGCCGCUUGGUGGUAUGAAGCCUGCACUGGGAGCACCAAGUCCUUUUUCGGGAAAACCUGCGUUCGGGCAACCAGCAGCCCCUACAAUCAUUCCUGAUUCAGUAACCGCCUUUGGCCAGACGGGUGCUCUAGGACCUCAGAAGCUCAAUCCUUUCGCUGGAGGAGGCUCGGCAAGCCCGUUUGGCGGAAGUGUGGGAGAUGGAAAGGGCUUCGCUGCAUUUUCCAACAAAGGAGGCUUCUCAGCUUUGGCUUCUAAUCAAAGCGGUCCAGGCGGUCUCUUCGGGAAGACUGAGCAAAAGGACCCUGUCUUUCCACAGAUGGAGCAGCAAAGCCCUUUUGCAUCAAAGGCUGGAACAGCUGAGAACAAGCCGGGUUUCUCGGGUUUCGGCGCAAAGGAUAUAUCUAUUGGCUCAACGUUCAAACGUGACGAGACUUCGAGAGAUGACAUGUCCAAGCCAGACGACAGCGGAGGGCUCUCCUUUGGACUCGGCUUGGGAAGUGCUCUAGAACAAACGCAACAGGAAGCAACAUCUGCAGAAAGCAAGGAGGAGGAGAUGGACGAUGAUGGCACAGAUUCUAUCUCAACAUCUCUCAGCCAGGACCAGCUCGCCCCACCACCAUCAGAUUCGAAGCCGCAAAUGCCAGUAGUGACCCCUCCUUCUACCAUAUCCCAGCCGAAGACCACGCCUGCUCCUCCGCUCGCUGGCUUGUUUCCUACACACAAUCAGCCAGGCACAACACCUGCAGCUGUGCAGAACAGUAAGCCUGGUUGGUCUUUCGAGCAAAUUCCAUCCACCACCCCGAAGGAAACGCCCAAAACAAAACCAGCAGUUACAUUCCCUGGCCCAUCUGACGACGAGGCUCAACCUCCAAAGAUUAAGACCGAACCGUCGGAGAGCUCGCCAGCUGAUCUGCACAACAUCCCUGAGGCUCCUCUGCCUCCAGAACCAACGAGCAAAUCUCGAUUCAUGCCGAGCGAUACUCCAGACGCAUCAGAUGAGUCUAAGCUUUCGAAUGACGACGCUCCUUUGCCACCGGACUUCGUCACUAAGAAGGACGACAGUACUUCAGAGGCAUCUCACAACGGCCCGGCUGAUGAUGAGGCCGAUGACCUCUCGUCAGAUUUUGAAGGCAGCGUCGAAGACGAAACGCAGGAGAUCAGUCCAGCAGAAGAGCCGACUGAGGACCAGGCCGAAGAAAUUCAGACAUCGCCUGAAAGUUCAUUUGGUAGAGGACCUGAAGGUAGCGAGGAGACCAGUCCGGCGGGAGGUCUUUUCACAAAGGUGUCUACAUCGAAACCUUCCAAGCUCUUCGGGGAGGUCACCACUGGGCCAAUACUUCCGCCACCAGUACCACAAGAGAGCCCGCGAUCUCCAAGCCCUAUGCGGAACGUUGUUACAGCUGAUGUCCUGAGACCCGAAGCAUCACGCUCUGUCAGCGCUCCAACCCGUCCACAUUCUACAUCCGCGCUCGACAGACGGCGCGCAGAGUUGACCAAGUCUGCCCUGGCAUCACAACCUAUCAAUGCAAGUGACAUAAGGAACAAGGAAACCGACCGUACGGCAGCUGCAGAAAAAGCCAAAGCCAAGGCAGAGGCUGAAGCUGCACUGGAGUUGGAGGAUGAUGAAGAUGAACGUCUUCGCGCCGAGCUGGCAGCGCCUCCAUCCCCAUCUGAGCGGUUAGAACCAUUCGUACCUCAUCAGCACCAUGGCAUCGAUACCUCGAACAAAUCGGGGAUUCCAGGCCAGAUUGAACGCCUCUACCAGGACAUCAACUCUAUGAUCGACACUUUGGGUAUCAAUGCUCGCUCCUUGUCUGCGUAUCUCCUGUAUCAAACCAGCCAGGAACCCUACCAAGAGUGGCCAGAAGUGCUCAAUUCUGAAACACCAAGAGACGCUCUGGAUGGUGAAUGGGUGUUGCAAGAUGCCAACCGAUUAGGCGAAGGCGGAGAAGUGCUCAAUGCAUUGCUUUUACGAAGUAAAAUCGAGAAUGCUUCGGCCAAAUUCGAACAGUGCCACGAUCUGCUCAACCGAGAUGUGAUGCAACUUCGGAUGAAGUUAACCGCAACUCGCAAAGCCUUGCACGCCAGUGCAAACGCACCAGGCAGAACAUCUGCUCCCCUAUCCGCUGAGCAGGCAAAUCUACAGCAUGACUUGCGCAAAGCGUCGUUGUCGGUGCAGAGCAAGCUCGCUGAGGCUGAGCAGGAACUUACCGUCUUGCGAGCCAAGUUGGCCGAAGCGAGACCGUCGCAGCAAAAUGGCACGAAUGGCACAGGGAAGGGAAUGUUUGGGAGAUCAGGUGCGCAGAAGAAACCAACGGUUGAAGCCGUGACGACUACCAUAGCCAAGAUGACUUCGAUGGCUGAGAAGAAGAGGACGGACAUCGAUAUGCUUGAGGCACAGUUGAAGAGUUUGGGCCUCCGGUCUGAUGAUUCUCUUGCUAGCAGUCGCCACGGGUCGGUCGAGCCGAAUGGGACACCACCGCGUGGGAGCAUCGGGCCGGGAACGUCUGCAUCAAGACGGACGCCAUUGAGUGUUGCUGGAAGUGUCUACCACACACCUGAUUCUAGACUCGGCGAAAGCCAUAGAAGUACACCCAUGACAGGGCGACGAAGCCUACGUGCCAGCGUUGAUCACAAUGGAGACUCUGAGCGAUGGAAGGAGAAAGCCCGAAGGAGGAAAGAAGUUCAUCGUUUGCUUGCCGAGGCGUUGGCGGAACGAAGAAAGAAUGCUCGAACAGCAAGGGCGUAA